CUUAUUCUAUGGCCCAAUUUCUGUGUCAGUCUAUUGGCUGAAAGGUGCAGGACUCAGUAGGCAUCCGGUUUCAGAACUACAUAACAUUAUUAACUGCAUUCUGAAAUGCACAUUUCACAACUGUUUUUCUGAGAUAAUCUCAGUUCCACAUGCAAAACUAUACCACUAAUGCCUGUGGAAAUAACCACUUCCCAGCAAGAUGAUACCACGAGGAUCAGAUACUCCUUUAUUUCAGCGUUCAUUUGUACCCAUCACACACAUGCUCUGACUCCAUAUUGCAGGGUCUAUCCCAUACCCAAAAUAGCAUCAGUUAAAUUGCUCUUUGAUAUAGACGUCCGAUUCCUUAAAGAAAUUGAAUAUGUAUGAGGAUAAGGUAUAAGAAAUGUAUGGGUAAAAGUGUUCCUCAGUGGGUGGGACACAAUUACUAACUAUACAGGUAAAAGGUUUUGGAGGGAGCAGAGGACAACCUCGUGGUUGUCCACCUAAUUCACUGUGGCCCGACAUCCAUCUUCCUCCCCAGUCAUAAACUAUUGUUCCAAACCAAUUAUCCUGAAAUUCACAAAACUGACUAACGCUUUAGGCUACAAGCACUUGAAGAGCAAUAACGCCAUGUUUCAAGCUAUGUAUGGACUCCUUUGUGUCACACUGACACUCUGGAAUGAUAUGGCAUUAUUAAUCGGAUUUGGGAGCCUUUCAAAGAAUAGUUUUAUCUUUGGGAGACGGUUGAACCUCACGGAGUCUGAAAUGAUAACCCUUCGCCUUGAUCAACAAUGAGCAAAGCCCCUCUCCCUGCUAGGGGGCAUCAUUUCCAGCUCCCGCUGGGUGCCACGUAGAACAAACACGCUUCCCGGCGUCCUCUAGAACUACGGGAACGACAUUACCCACAAUUCCCUGCGCAGUGUUGCGCCAAUGACAGAUCAGGAUGAAAGUAUUUUAUCGCAUCAGGACGGGACUUCCGGCGUCCUCCUCGUAGCGGGUCAUUUCGUGUUUUCUCAGGAUCGCCUCACAGAGUUAGGAGCUCCGAAGCGUCGUGUGGGGGUCACGAUGCCGGGACCGAGGACGCGCGAUAGUAGUUAUGGUCCCCGCCGCGUAGACGCGGGCCUGAGGCUGGGCGACGCCGCCAGCGUGACCCGCGCCAGGACCGGGAAAGGGACCGCCGCUCUCGGAGCCACCUCCACUCCCGCCGCUCCAUCCCGGCUCCGCCCACAGCGUCCGAUGGCGGCGGCCACGCUUAGGCUCCGGGCUCAGGACAGUGUGACCUUUGAGGACAUUGCUGUGUUCUUCUCCUGGGAGGAAUGGGGCCUCCUUGAUGAGGCUCAGAGACGUCUGUACCACGAUGUGAUGCUGGAGAACUUUGCACUUAUAUCCUCGCUGGGUUGCUGCUGUGGAGCAGGGGAUGUGGAGGCACCCACUGAACAGAGCAUUUUUGUGGGAGUGUCACAGGCCAGGACUCCUGAGGGAGCUCCGACUUCCCAGAAGACCCACCCCUGUGAGAUGUGUGGUCCAGUCUUGAGAGACAUCUUCCACUUGGCUGAGCAGCAGGGAACACAACACAGCCAGGAACUGUUGAGGUGUGGGGCAUGUGCAAAACUAUUUUAUCUCAGUGCAAACUUUCACCAGCAUCAGGUGGACCACAUGGGAAACAAAUGCUUCAGAAGUAGUGUGGACAGGUCUUUGAUUGUGAAGACCUGCAGUUUCCAUGUGUCACAGAAGCCUUUUACCUGCUGGGUGGUUGGGAAGGACUUCUUGAUCAGCUUGGGACAUCUGCCGCAACAGGUCACUCUGACCAAGGAGGAGCCUAACAAAAUCAUCCAGGGCACAACUUCACAAAGCAGAAAAAGUCAUUACACUUGGGGAGAAUGCACAAAAGCUUUCAGCUCCAUACUCACACUUGUUCAGGAUGAGAAUGUUCACACUGAAAGACAGCGUUUUGUAUGCCAUGAAUGUGGGAAAGCAUUUAGGAAUAGAUCUUCACUUGUUUUGCACCAGAGAGUCCACACUGGAAGUUUUCCUGUGUGUGGCGAAGGUAGAAAAUCCUCUCGGAGAAACUCAACCCUCAGUCAACACUGGCGAAUUCAUACAAGGGCAAGGCAGUAUAAGUGUGGCAAAUGUGGGAAAUCCUUAAGUCACAAAUCUGUCCUCAUUUAUUCUCAGAGAGGACUCAAAGAAAACAGCUAUGUGUGCCAUGAAUGUGCGAAAUCUUUUACCUCCAGCACUGCCCUCAGUUAUCAUAGAUCUCACACAGGAGAAAGACCUCAUGAGUGCAGUGAAUGUGGGAAAAGUUUUCUCUCUCAGUUCGACCUCUGUUCUCAUCAGAGAAUUCAUUCUGGAGAAAGAUACAGUGAAUUUGGGAAGUCCUUUACCCAAAGAAAUGCCCUCAAUAGACACCUAAGAGUUCAGUCAGGAGAAAGGCCUUAUGAGUGCACUGAAUGUGGGAAAUCCUUUAAGCAUAGAUCUAACUUCAGUCGACACCGGAGGCUUCACACAGGAGAAAGGCCUUAUAGGUGUUAUGAGUGUGUGAAAUCUUUUACCUCUAGCUCUGCCCUCCGUGACCAUCAGAGUGUUCACACAGGAGAAAUGCCUUAUGAGUGCAGUGAUUGUGGGAAAUCCUUUAGGGAUAGUUCCUACUUUAGUCGACACCGGAAAGUUCACACAGGAGAAAGGCUGUAUCAGUGUAGUGAGUGUUUGAAAUCUUUUACCUGUAGGUCUGCACUCACUUAUCAUCAAAGAUCUCACACUGGAGAAAGGCCAUAUGAGUGCACUGAAUGUGGGAAAUCCUUUAAACAUAGUUCUAACUUCAGUCGACACAGGAGAGUUCACACAGAAGAAAGACCUUAUGAGUGCAGUAAAUGUGGGAAAUUUUUUAACACUAGAUUCCAUUUAAAUCGACACCAGAGUGUUCACAGAAGAGAAAAGCCUUUGUAAGUGUGGUGAGUGUGAGAAAUCUUUUAAGGCUAGUUCUGGAUUGAUUAUAAACACUGGGGAGUUCAUCCUGGAGAACGUCCUUAUAAGUGCCAUGAGUGUGAGAAGUCUUCUACUGUUAGCUCUGACCUCCAUUGCUGUGGGAGGAUUCACAGUGCGUAGAGUCCUUACUUAUGUCUGCAGUAAAUGUGGGAGAUGUUUUACCUUUAACGCCCAUCUUUGUUAUCAGAGAGUUCAUACUGGCGAAAGGCCUUUUGAGUGUAGUGAAUGUGGAAAAUUUUCUAAGCAAAAGUCUCUCCUCAGCACACCAGAGAAUUCAAAAUAGAGAAAAACCUUAGAAUGCAGCAAAUGCAGGAAAUCUUUUAGUUUUAGUUUCAAUGUCCAUUAUCAUCAGAGGAUACACAUAGGAGAAAGGCCUUAUGAGUGCAGCAAAUAUGGGAAAUUUCUAAUAGGAAAAUGUACAUUCAUUCUACAUCAAAGUUCACAAUAGAAAAAGACACACAUGAGCAAUUUCAUUGUUCCAUGUUAGGACACUGGUGUUAAGUCUGGAGGAGCCAUCUGUCUGAAUUGAUUCUCAUACAUGUGAACAUACACCAUGUGGAGAUUCCCCAUAAGCUCAUUUUUUGGGAUGGUGUGGCUGUGUUGCACUUGGUAACCUUCUCAGGGCUUUUGCUAGGUUUAUAUCACUGCCAGUGUCUGUGGCCAAAGCUAUUUCACCUUUACCAUCUGGUAGGUCCACAUUGGUCACCAUCCCAAUGUGCUCAGGGAAGUGAAUUGUUCUUCCAUGUAUUGGAGCAAACUAGGAGUAACCUGAGCCUUUAGGUUGGCAACCAAGGUUGACAACCUUGGCCUGGGUCAGUGUUGGCCAAGAGAAUAUCAUAUGAGUUUGCCUGGCAGCUUUCCACAAGGACUGCCAUUUUCAGGGUCAUGUUGGUCUCAUGUGAUACAAGAUUUUCCAACUUCCAAGUCAUGAACUUGAGACUCAAUGCCUGUAGUAAAUUGCUUUGGUUUGUGCAAUAAUGAAGGCCUUACUAUUUAAAUCCUUUUUAAUCUUGGGUGUUUUGUUUACUGUAUUUGCUGUGUGGGAUAGUUUGUAAACUGAUUUGGGGUCUAUAAGCAUAAAGAGGAGAAAACUGGGUCUCUGCCCUCAGCAGGGGGACAGUAUUAUGGCAAAAAAUAACUUGUUGAUUUUGACCAGUUUUGACCAAAUUUGUAUUGCUGCCCUUUUCUAAAUAAAGGUGCAGCCAGAAAGUUUGUGACCCUCACUACCAGAAUUAGUUUGUACACAAAUUUGAGGACUUCAGACAUGUUUAUCUUAUGUGGCUUAAAAGAAAAUAAUAGAAAGGUGUUGUGGAUUCCUGUAGCCUCUCAGUGAUGUUUACCUCUGAGCACAGGCUGGAAAAAAAAAGAAAGGGGAACUCAUGAUCUGGAGAUGUGGCUCUUGUGACCCAGGCAGCAAUGUUGACUUCUGUUCUUCAUUUGUCCCCAUACUUGGCUGCCACUAAAGGAAGACUGACUCCCCCAGAGGACACGAAGACAGAGAUGGUGGAGUCAAUACAAACUUGCCAAACUUAUUUUCCAAAAGAGUCAGACUUGCAGAUUUUUAAAAUUUUGAGCCAAGUUUUAAAGCCUUGUUAAAGUAUAAUUUACAUAUACUAAACUGCAUAUAUUUUAUUUUUUAAAUAAUUAUUUUUCAAUUAAAGUUGA